CAGAACACAUUUACAGCCAAAAACUAAGAUAGACGUCUUUAGAAAGGCAGUCGUCGCCAGGCAAGAAUAAGAACAAAUUUAAAAAUCUAUACCAAAGACAGUUCGGAGGGUCGGAGGGUCGAUGUUGGAUGCCGUGACUGGGAGCUGAGGAGGAUUUUUCCUAUGGAAUCAGAUCUAACUAUGGAGAUGGUACGAACAGAAGUACAGCACAACAAAAGGCAAGUGGCGAUUUUCAUUUUAUUGAUGCUCUUGCGGAAAGUGUGUUCAGAAUCCAUUCAGUAUUCAGCACUGGAGGAAGCAGAGAGGGGCACAUUUGUGGCCAACUUGACAAAGGACCUGGGACUUGGGGUGGGAGAGCUGGCCGCACGGGGCGCCCGGGUUGUUUUCAAGGGGAACAGACAACAUUUGCUGCUUGACCCACAGACCUACAAUUUGCUGCUAAAUGAAAAACUUGACAGGGAAGAGCUGUGCGGCUCCACUGAGCCGUGUGUGCUUCCUUUCCAAGUGUUACUGGAAAACCCCUUGCAGUUUUAUCAGGCUGCCUUGCGAGUCAGAGAUAUAAAUGACCAUGCCCCAGAGUUCCCUUCCAGAGAAAUGAUUUUGAAAAUAUCAGAAAUUACUACGCCAGGAAAAAUAUUUCCCUUAAAAAUGGCAAACGAUUUAGAUGUUGGCAGCAACAGUCUUCAGAGCUACAGAAUCAGCUCCAAUCCUUACUUCCACGUUCUCACCCGCAAUCGCGGCGACCGCAGGAAGUUCCCGGAGCUGGUGCUGGACAAGGCGUUGGACCGAGAGGAGCAGCCUCAACUCAGGCUGACGCUCACCGCGCUGGACGGCGGGUCUCCGCCCAGGUCAGGAACCUCAGAGAUUCAGAUCCAGGUUUUGGACAUCAAUGACAACGCCCCUGAGUUUACUCAGGAGUUCUAUGAAGUGCAAGUCCCUGAGAACAGCCCCAUUGGCUCUCUCAUUACUACUGUCUCAGCCAGAGAUUUAGAUGCAGGAUCCUUCGGGGAGGUAUCCUAUGCUCUAUUUCAAGUCGAUGACGUUAACCAACCUUUCGAAAUAAACACAAUCACAGGAGAAAUUCGACUGAGAAAAGCUUUGGAUUUUGAAGAAUUUCAGAAUUAUCAUGUGGACAUUGAGGCCACAGAUGGUGGAGGCCUAACAGGAAAAUGUUCUUUAGUCCUCAAGGUCCUGGAUGUGAAUGACAACGCCCCUGAAUUGACCAUCUCAUCACUCUUCAGCCCCAUCCCAGAAAACUUGCAGGAGAUCAUAGUGGCAGUUUUCAGUGUUUCAGAUGCAGAUUCUGGACAUAACCAACAGGUUAUUUGUUCUACAGAUAACAAUCUCCCUUUUAUUCUAAAACCAUCAGUGGAAAAUUUUUACACUCUGGUAACAGAAGGUGCCCUGGACAGAGAGACCAGAGCUGAGUACAACGUCACCAUCACUGUCACUGACUUGGGGACACCUAGACUGAAAACCCAACACAGCAUUACUGUGCUGGUCUCUGACGUCAAUGACAACGCCCCCACGUUCAGUCAAACUUCCUACACCUUGUUUGUCCCCGAAAACAACAGCCCCGCCCUGCACAUAGGCACGAUCAGCGCCACAGACAGAGACUCAGGCACCAACGCCCAGGUCACCUACUCCCUGCUGCCACCUCAGGAACCCCACCUGCCCCUCGCCUCCCUGGUCUCCAUCAACGCCGACAACGGACACCUGUUCGCCCUGAGGGCGCUGGACUUCGAGGCCCUGCAGGCGUUCGAGUUCCGCGUGGGCGCCACAGACCGAGGCUCCCCCGCGCUGAGCAGCGAGGCGCUGGUGCGCGUGGUGGUGGUGGACGCCAACGACAACUCGCCCUUCGUGCUGUACCCGCUGCAGAACGGCUCUGCGCCCUGCACCGAGCUGGUGCCCAGGGCGGCCGAGGCGGGCUACCUGGUGACCAAGGUGGUGGCGGUGGACGGCGACUCGGGCCAGAACGCCUGGCUGUCGUACCAGCUGCUCAAGGCCACGGAGCCCGGGCUGUUCAGCGUGUGGGCGCACAAUGGCGAGGUGCGCACCGCCAGGCUGCUGAGCGAGCGCGACGCGGCCAAGCACAGGCUGCUGGUGCUGGUGAAGGACAAUGGCGAGCCUCCGCUGUCUGCCAGCGUCACGCUGCACGUGCUGCUGGUGGACGGCUUCUCCCAGCCCUACCUGCCGCUCCCGGAGGCGGCGGCGGAGCAGGCCCAGGCCGACUCGCUCACCGUCUACCUGGUCAUCGCCUUGGCCUCGGUGUCCUCGCUCUUCCUGUUCUCGGUGCUGCUGUUCGUGGCGGUGAGGCUGUGCAGGAGGGACAGGGCGGCGUCUGCGGGUCGCUGCUCGGUGCCUGAGGGCCACUUUCCGGGCCACCUGGUGGACGUCAGCGGCACUGGGACCCUGUCGCAGAGUUACCAGUAUGAGGUGUGUCUGACGGGAGGCUCAGCGACCAGCGAGUUCAAGUUUCUGAAGCCAAUUAUCCCCAACUUAGCUCCUGCAGGAACUGGAAGGGAAGGGGAAGAAAGCUCCACCUUUCGAAAUAGCUUCCCAUUCAGCUAAGUAUUUAAUUAUUCUACUAACCCCCAUUUAUUAAGUUUGGAAAUAUCUUUUAACAUGAAGUUAUGUGUUAUUGAUGCAUGUUAUUGAUGAUCUAGUUUUUGCUUAAUUUACUCUCUUUUUUAGGUCGAGUUCUAAAAAAAUAAUAUUUGCAAUGCAUAUUAUUUCCUCUAUUUGUGCUUAGUAGUUUUUUAUUACUUCAUUGACUGUAUUUGAUAGUCUUAGUAAAAAGUAAAAUUUUAUUUGCAUAAUUAAAAAAUUGAAAAUAAAUCACCUCUUUUUACAAAAACAUAUUUCAAAGCACUUAACUAAAAUUGUAUUUCCAAAUUUUGGUGAUAGUAGUUUCACUAUUGCUGUGUCAGAAUACAUAAAAAUAUGAGUAUUUAUUAUUUCAUAUUGUAAGUCUGAUUUUGGGCUAGCUCCUACAGUGUAUAACCCUAAUGAUAAAAACCAGGAAUGGCCCUAUGCUAAGAUAGCAUUUCAUACUGCUGAGUAUUUCAAUAUACUAUAAUAAUCAACACAUAUUUUCUACAAAUAUAGACUGUAGUGAAGUCACAAUAUAUUAUAUUACAGUCUGUGAUCCUCAUGUAAGAACAUGAUGGUCUGUUUUUAAAAACAUCAAGCCAGUUAUAAAUGCUUAAUAAAUACAUUUGCUGAAUGUUAUCAACAUCCUGUAGUCAAUUUCUAAAAGUAUAUUUUCUAUGAGUGAAGAAUUGCUAGUAUCCUCUCUACAAUAAUAUAUACCCUGUGGUGAAAUUAUUAUCAUUGCUAACUUAUUUACUCUUUGCUUUCUUUCAAAACAGAAAACACUCUUUUACUCAUCCUCCACUCCAUUAUAAAAUAUAAAAUGCUUAAGAAAACAUUUUAUCUUACCUUUGCCUAUCAACUUAAAAGCUUAAAGAUCUGUUUUGUAUUUUUAAAUUCCUCCUUUCACUUUCCCAAGCUUCUCUAUGUGAUAUCUGCCAAGAACUAAGUAAUGUAUUUGUUUCAGGUUAUUAGAUAAUGUCAGAUUUUCACUUCUAGUCCUGUGUAUGCAUCAUUUGCCUUUAUUAACCAUAAAACCAUUUACUUUCACAAUUUAGCCAACCUUUGGUCUUACUUGUGUUAAUUAUAUUUGUGUUAUUUUAUGAAAGAUCCCUCUUUUCAACUUCCUGUCAAAGGCAGGCAAUCUAUAUUAAAGAAACAAUUAACUGAAAAAAAACAUUAUUGAAACAGAGUCUCAUUAUGUCGCCCCCAGUAGAGUGCUAUGGCAUCACAGCUCACAGCAACCUCAAACUCUUGGCUUAAGUGAUUCUCUUGCCUCAGCCUCCCAAGUAGCUGGGACUACAGGUGCCCACCACAAUGCUGAACUAUUUUUUUUUUUUUUUGCUGUAGCUGUCAUUGUUGUUUGGCAGGCCCAGGCUGGGUCCGAACUUGCCAGCUCUGGUGUAUGUAGAUGGCGCCCUAGCUGCUUUGAACUACAGGCACCAAGCCAAACUGAAUAUUUUCUUUUUAUCCUUAAUUAAAGUAGAACUGAGCUUAACUAAAUUAUAUUCAACUGUGUUUUGUGUCUAGAUAAAUGAACUGUCGUGAUGAUUACCAAUGGGUUCAAUGAGUGUAGGGAACAUUUACUGAUUUGUAUUCUCAGAUAUUUUCCCUUCCCUCCUUGAAAUAGCAUUCUUUGUCUUUAGAGGGAUUCGCUUUUAUUACUAUUCUCACUCCAGUAACGUGACUUUAAUUGGAGCAGUGGUGUUUUUUCAAAAUCCCCCAUCUCCAUAGUCCCAGAGGAUGUAGACUGGCAUGGGUUCCUGUUCAAAGCAGACAGGUCAAAACGUUUCCCCAGAAACUAUAUAUUGUUUACCUCAGUGAAUUUGUUGUCUUCAUGUUUGUAGAAAGACAUUGCCUAAAUUCUGAUCUUAUACUGAUUUUGAACAAAACAAAUGGCCAUUUCUUCUCAUCUUCACUGGACUCUGCACACACUGAACUUAUGAAAGAAAAAUAUUCCCAAAAGCUAUGUAGACCAUAGUG